GCUACGCGCAUUUCUGACGGCUAACAAACUUGAACCAUAUUUUUACAUGCGUUUGAAUUGCUUUGUAGAGAUUUUUAGCGCUAACAUUUGUGAGUAUUCUACAAGGAAACUAAUUUAAAAUAUCAAUUUUUUUUUUCUUUUAUGAUGGACAAGAAAUCGGUGGUUAGGUUUACCUUUUGUCGUCUGCAACCAAGAAAAGUACUGCCAAGGACACACUAGUUAGUGCUUAAUUGUUAUUUGAUCACUAUCAGUGGUGAACUGUAUUUUCUGAGAAAAAUAUACUGGUUGGUAGUGACCUUUCGAGCAUUUUUAGAGCUACUAACCUUACAGACUGUUUUCUUUUCCACCUUCCUUAAAGGAAGAGGUGUGAGAAUAUUUCAGCAAUGCCUAUUUAUGCAUGUAAUAUCUUCAAAAUAUACCGACUGAAAAGCUUAUCAUGUUUAGAAAUUGGAGAUUGUGCAAAAGGACAUAGGUUAUUAUGUACUUUGAAAUCGAAACAGUUUUUCCAGGCAUUGCCAAGAGCUAUGAAUAAAUUUCCAAUAAGGUGUCGACAACAAAGGGAUAUUUCAGUUCAUCUCCCUACGGGUGCGUCUCGUAAUUCCAAGAUUCUAGUGCCAAAAAUUGCUUUCAACACAUCUUUGCUAAGGGCAAGCUCUUGUUCUGCAUGGAUGAUGUCCAGUAUCCUAAGCUCACAGUUCAAAUGGGGGAUAGCAAGGAUCAUUCCAUUACAGCACAGAUGCUGUCUUCAUAGCCUGCAGGAUUUUACGAUGAGCAAUGCCAAAUACAAACAAUAUUUGGAGAGUCUGGCCAAUGAAUAUGCACAACUUAUGUCUGAGCGUGUAGAUGGAGGUAGCAUAAAUAACAGUCGUUUUUUCUUUCUGGAGGCUGUGAAUGCAUCGGUUUUGGAGCUGCAGAAAAAAUAUGCAGAUCUUAAUGAACUGAAUUCUGUAGUGAAAGGUGAUGAGGAAGCUGAACUUCAAGCUUUGGUGAACACUGAAAUAGAAGAUACCCUAAAGCACAUACAGGUCUUAGAGGAGAAGUUAGUUGAGCUGCUGGUUGGCACAGAAGCUGUUGACAAAAAUGAUAUUUUGCUGGAGGUGACAGCUGGAGUGGGAGGCCAGGAAGCCAUGCUGUUUACAGGAGAAAUGUUUGAUAUGUAUGGCAGCUAUGCCAGUUACAAAAACUGGUCAUUUGAUGUUAUUGAUUUUGAAAAAAGUGAAUUGGGAGGUGUGCGCCAUGCCACUGCCAUAAUUGCUGGUCAUGAUGUGUACAAGUACCUGAAGUAUGAGGCUGGUGUACAUCGUGUUCAGCGUGUUCCCAGAACCGAGAAGGCAGGUCGUGUCCACACGAGUACCAUGACAGUUGCUGUACUGCCUCAGCCUACACAGAUUGACAUCAAUGUAAACACUAAAGACCUGAAGAUUGACACAUUCCGAGCCACAGGUGCCGGUGGCCAACAUGUAAACAAGACAGAGAGUGCUGUUCGCAUCACACACAAACCUUCAGGGAUAGUAGCAGAAUGCCAACAAGACCGAUCACAGAUCAAGAACAGAGACAUAGCUAUGAAGAUUCUACUGUCGAGACUGUACCAAAAGCAGCUCAAUGAACAGGAAGCAGCUUUUCAGCAGAAACGAAAAAUGCAGAUGGGAUCAGCUGGCCGCUCAGAAAAGAUCCGAACAUACAACUACAGCCAAGAUCGCAUUACUGAUCAUCGUGGCCCCAUUACCUUCCACAAUGUGCCUCUUUUUUUGUCUGGGACAGAGUCCUUUGAUGACCUCCUGAAUACUCUGAUCUUACAGUCUCGUUUAAUGUGGCUUAAUGCAGUCAUAAGUGAAUUCGUUGAAACGUCAAAAAUAAAAAAUUAGGUGUGUGUAAUAUUGUGUGCAUGUGUGUGUUGGUCUGUGGUCUGACAUCAUAUUCUUCUUCACAGAAAACAUUGUUAAUAUUGGUUUUCUUAUGGAGAGAGUGGGAGGUGGUCAUUACAGGUAAGAUGUAAGAUUAUUUUGUACUAUGCAAAAUUAAUUUGUUGGAAAUAAAGAUCUUUUUGCAACAG